AUGGUGACAUACUACAAUUUAACAAAUUUCGAUAACAAGUAUGUGCUAAUAAAUAAUUAUGUGAGUUCUAUUGUUAAUAUUUGCGAGACUAUUGGAUAUAGGAGUAAGGAUGUUAACUCAACGUGUAUAGAGUUUAAGGCUAUUAAUAAUCAGGUAUUAGAAAAAAUUAGAAAAGAUAAAAAUACGCUGGAACAAUAUUUAGCAACAGAUGGGAAUUCGAGAAGAAAAAGAAAUUCGUACUUUGGGGUAGUAGGGAAAAUUCAAAAAACUUUGUUCGGGGUGUUAACAGAAGAGGAGGGGGAAGAGUUUGCAAGUAAAAUUAAAGAGUUGGAGGACAAACAAUUACGAAUAAUGAUAAUAGAAAAGGAGCAGGCGAUAGUGUUUAAAAACACAAUCAAUAGCGUGUCACAAACUUUAGCGGACUUCCAAAAUUUUAGAAACACUGUUGGGGAAAAAAUUAAUAAUAUUUCGGUUGAAUUACAAAAGCAGAGCACUGAGCUUAGAACAUUUCAGAUAGAGGAGGUAAUUUUGAAAUACGCUGCGACUAUUAAUACCAUAGUUACACAACUUUCGAUCGAGACAGACAUUUUGUUAAACGCCAUAAUUAGUGCACACAAGGGGGUCAUUAGCUCACAUUUAAUCCAUCCAUCAGUACUUUUGGAACAACUUACUAGCAUAAAAAAUGUACAACCGUCGAAUGUAGAUUUGCCGUUAGAUAUAAAUAUCAAUAAUUUCUUUGAGUUUAUAAAAAUUAGCCAGGUAAACAUCAUUUGUCACAAGAAUGUGUUAAUCUAUACAUUAGGAAUUCCGUUGGUAGAGAAGUUGGUCUUCAGGUUGUAUAGAAUAAUUAAUUUACCAGUACAAGUUGAGGGGAACAAUUUUGUUUUUCUGCAGAACACAGCAGAUUAUAUAGUUAUCGAUAGUAACAAACAGUAUUAUGCAUUCCUGUCACAGGAUCAAUUAAACCAGUGUAAGGGAGGGAAACAUGGGUAUCUGUGUGAGUUGACAAUACCGAUAUUGACCAAUACUAACGAUUGUGAAUUUUUGAUGUUUACGCAGAGUGAGGUUCCAAAAACGUGUCAAGUAAAAGUGGUAAGGAUAUUUAGGGAAAUCUGGCACAAAUUAAGUCAAACUAACACAUGGUUGUAUGCAACACGUGAGCCAAAAAAAUUAGUUAUUAAUUGUCAAGAGAAAAUUUCAGAGAUAGUAAUCGAGAAGACAGGGUUACUUAAAUUAGAUCCACAAUGUAAGAUUCAUACAAAAAACGCAGUUAUUUUUGCUACCCAGUGUAAAAACAAAAAUGUAACUACCGAUUUUAUACCAACAUUUAAUUUACCGUACCAAAUUCAAUUAAAUUUAAGAGACAAUGUGAAGAUGUGGAAUUACAGUAUUAUCAACGAAAAAGUACCCCAAUAUUUUUCAGAUUUAAAGGAUAGUGCCAAAGCUAUCGAAACGAUAGACCAGGAAAUUACAGAAAACUUAAAAACGAAUUCACAAAAACAAACCAAUUUGACCCACUCUUUUAGUAUUGGGAGCAUAGGAAUUAUAAUCAUAAUCACAAUAGUAUGGAAACUAUGUCGGGGGUGGGGAAAAGGUAGUAAAGCUAAUAAAAAAAAAGAAAUUUCGGUAACCUAUCAGAUUCACUCGCCGGAAAAUCCCAUACUGAACAAUACGAAGAAAUAA